CGCCUGGGAGGCGGGCCGCCUGCCGCCGGGCUCCCAGGAACCCGAGGACGUCCUCAUGGUGGAGGAAAUGUCGUGACUGCUGUGGGGACAAGCGGAAAUUGUGGCUCACCCCCUGCCCCUGCCACUCCUGAAAAUGUCACGUAUCUGCAUCGUCCCCUCACGUCUGGGAAAGGUUUCUCACCUGACCUACAACACCGCCACCCGAAACCCAGCAGCACGGCUUUCUGGCUCUCUGCUCAUGUCCACGCGGGCGGGCUGCGUGGGAUGCUAGCCGUCUGUCGGUCCGUGUCUCUGAAGCACAAAGCAAGCGCUCAGGGACGUGGAGAGUGGCUGGCAUGCACCCCAGGCCCUGUGUGUUGGUCCUCCAGGCUCAGAAGCAACCGGAAAACGGGCGAGAACGUCCACGUGGACUUGUCCACCGGUCAUUCCAUCCCCGCAGAGAUUUGGAACCAGGGAGGCAGAAGGUCCCCGUGCCCAUUAUGCACCUAGCCCAUCCCAGCAUGACAAAAGACAGAGGCAUCCGGGCGGUGGGACCGUCUCCAAGGAGAGGGGCUCCCUCCUGGGAACACAUAGGCGCCUUACCGAGCCCUGGGGACGCUCACCACGCCGUGAGCCCGGCCAUGGCCGAGGACGUGGGAGGAAAGAGAGAGCACCUUUCUUCGGACGGAUAUGCCCCAGCCUGCAUUAGGGAAUCGGCACCUGUCUGGAUUCCUUCCGAAAUCGUGUCACUGCUUUUAAAGACAGCCGUCUCCGUGGCACGUGGGGCCGGGAGGCAGGCGUUCCCGCGGAUGUGAAAGGCAUUGGGGGUAAAUAUCGCUGCUGAGAUGUCCGAUGGUCUUGCAGGUCGUUUUUUCCUGAGGUUUUCCUGCGGAAAGCAGGAUCGGGACGUCCUUCUCUCUGUCUCUCCAUGCGUGUCUCUCCUGGAGCUCUCGGGAUGAGGAAAGGGAUUGGGGAAGGGGACAGCCAGCUGUCCCCCCAGGAGGACGACGCCAGGCACCCAGGACUCGGGAUGAGUGACACAGACGUCCGCUCUUCCCGUGCACCUUUCCGCUCGGGGCUUACGGGCACUCACACGAUGGGAAUGAUCCGUGGCUAAUUUGGGACAGAGCCCGUCUAUGGCGCUUCUCUACAAUGCAUGCUAAACAUCGGGGUGCGGCUGUGACCAUACAAGGAAGAAAACACGGUUCCGGACUGUGUGUGCUCAUGCCAGGGCACGAGGAAGCCCACAGAAGGCGCUCAUGCACACCUGGGCGGGGAGAUGCCCACUCCGAUUACACGGGACACCCCGAUCCACUCACAAGUCUACACUGUGGGAAGCCUGGGGGGCUCAGACGGUGACGCGUCUGCCUUCGGCUCAGGUCAUGAUCCCAGGGUCUUGGGAUUGAGCCCCACAUCGGGCUCCCUGCUCAGCGGGAAGUCUGCUUCUCCCUCUCCUGCUCCCCCUGCUUGGAGAGAUAAAUUAAAAUGUUUUAAAAAAUAAAAAAAAAAGUCUGCACUGUGAAGAAACGUAUUUCACAAGAGGCAAUAGUAGCUGAUAAGGAAGGUUUUUGUUGAAACACUUGCAUGUUUUGGGGUCGGGGCGGGGUGGAAAUACACAGAAGAAAAGAGUCAGCAUCUUUCGAAAGAUUUCCAGGCACCGAGAAAGAAAACCGAGCCCUCUGGGCAGGGGAAGCGCUCACUCGCUAUCGGCUGUCACCGUGGCUGAGAUACCCAUGCAGCAACGCUGAGGAGGGCCCCGUCAAGGUGCCGUGUGCAAUAAGCAGACAGCGCCCCGGGAUUACAGGAAGAACUUGGCAACCACCGGGACACUUCCUCCAGCACAGCUGGGAAGACGACACAGACAGAGGAGUCUGGGGUCUGGAUCCCCCCUCCCAAGCUGGCUGCCUGUCCCACCAGGACCUUCGCUGCUGCCCAGCAUGUGGCCUCCCUGCCGUGGGAGCCGGAUCCCUAUGGCCUUGCUGUGGCUCGCGGUGUGUCUGACGUCUGUCUCGGGUCUGCUGCAAACGGAGGAAGAUCCCGAUUCCCCGAUUAAGAACCUAAGGAUGGAGCCGGGAGAAAAGAGAUUGACCUGGGACCUCCAUGGAAAUGUUUCUGGAAUUAUGUGUUUCAUAAAUUCAAAAUUUAUCACUAAGGCCAUCAACAACAACCGUUACUGCCAGUUCCAAGUGCUUUCCUCGUGUGAGGUGAAAAACUUCACCGUCUCCUUGACCAAAGGCCCACCGUUCUUGAUGGGGAUUCAGUAUCCUCUGCAAGAAGGAAACCCUGGGGCAUCCGCACAACGUCUGGACUGCUGGGUGCACGACAUGGACUUCCUGACGUGCAGCUGGGAGGUGGGCAGGGAGGCCCCCAGUGACGUCCAGUAUCGCCUGUACAGGCAGCACCUGUGGACCCGCAGGGAGCAGGAGUGUCCGCAUUACGAAAUGGACGAUCGGGGGAAACACGUCCGGUGUCAUUUCAAUGACGUCCCCAGAUUGGAGAAACAGCUCCAGAUCCUGGUGAGAGGCAGCAGCCAAAGCGCCAGGAUCCCCUGCUCGGACCGUACUGUCGAAUUAUCAGAAAUUGAGAGAUUAAAUCCACCCAAUAUCACUGGCACGUGUAAUAAGUCAUAUUCGAUGAUGAAGUGGAAAGUGUCAAGUCACUUCAAUCGCAGAUAUGAGUAUGAACUUCAAAUACAAAAGGGCAGCGAUCCCGCCUACACAGAGAAGCUCCAGGAAAACUUCUUUGAGCUUUACAAUCCCGGAAACUACAUGGCGAGACUAAAGGUGAAAGGUUUCUUCCGCAACACCUGGAGCGAAUGGAGUGCCCCCCAACACUUUGUGUGCGACGUCGGGGAGGACGUGCCGCGCCGGGACUGGCUGUUGUCUGCACUGGGCUUGCUGGCCACGCUGCUGGUCAUGGGGCUGGCGGUCGUGCUGUGCAGAAGGUACUCGGUUUUGCAGAAACUCUUCCCUCCCAUCCCUCACAUGAAAGACCCCACCAUUGACAAUCUUCAGAGCAGCAAGUUGGUGGCCUGGGAGGCCAGCAAAGCAAGCUGGGAGGACUGCCCGGUGGCGGAAGUGCAGGUUUUGGGAGAAACAUGACGCAGGACCAGACCUCCUUCUUGGCAUGGCCAGGUGCCUGCACAGCCUGGUUGCCCUUGGACCAACGGAUGAUUGUGGGGGUUUGUGGAGGGAGAGGGACACCCCAUGCCCACUCCACGGAGCAGCCACGAUAAAGAACAGCUGUGUGGGCUCAUUUUGUAAAUAAACGCUGU